AUGGAUGAUCCAGUGCUGCUUCUCACCUUGCUUGCAGGAUUACUUGGUGCACCUGCAGACAUGAAAAAGCCCAUCAACACGAAGGUCUCCUUAGACAAACCUGCGUCACAGGAGACUGACAUCAAGAGUGUGGUAUGUUUGUCUGCUUUGAAAAUCUUGUCACGUUCGGAGUUUCGUGGCCUUGAUGGUCUUUGGGCCAGCUGUCUUCUUCAAAUGUUUGGUCUCUUCACCGAUACGCUGAAUGGCGAUGUGUUUUUGUCCCUGGGCUUCCACCAUUGCGGAACAUUAGUUUUCCGAGUUCAGGAAGUGGAAACAGAUUUGUGGGCUGUCUGCCCUGGGCAACUAUCCAUCUCUCAAGCGCGCGACACUGUGAAAAUCAUGCAUCUAGCACAUGUGGCGAAGCCUGAUGCGUUUGAUGAAGAAUACAAGGGCGUGCCAUACAAAAUCUGCCUCCCUCACCAAAAUGAAAGCGGACAACUGCUGCUGAUGCGCGAUGGCUACAACCUUUCCUUGGUCCGUUACUUUCUGGAGCGGGGUUCGCUUGAGUUCAUGACGGAGGCGCAUGUGCAACAGCUAUGCAUUGCUUUGUCGGUGAAAACGCCCAAGUUCAAGGAAAGCAAGGUUGGUAUGAAGUCAAAGUUGAAGGGUCUCAUUGAUUUCUUUUGCGCUGAGCUUUCUGAAACUGAUCGGGAGACCAUGCUGCAGCGUCUUCUUUCAACUGGCAGAACCAAAGCCCAAACCUGCAAAACACAAGUGCUUCAUGAGGUAAUGGAAGUUUUGCAGGGGGAUGAGGAAGAGGAGCAGUUUCGAGAUCUGCGAGAUGAGGUAGAUGACAAGUGGAGACACUCCUUCAUCAUUGAACGCAUGGGGCAUUCUAAAGAGGCAGCUAGCGUCAUCACACCAGAGCCGAUCAAGAAACUCAGGCCGCCCCUGGCGGCUGUGCUUUUAGUUUGGCAAAUCAGCUGGUUUGCGUUUGAAGCGUACUACCCUUUGGCAGGGGUGGAACCUGAGAAGAAAUUGCAAAAGAGGGAAGAAAGCAACAAGAAGAAAAACCCAUACUUCAACGUCAGCUUCAUACAAAACAAAGCGCACGCAGUUCCAAGCCUUGUGGCACUGUGUGAAUUUCCUGUGGUCCCGAUACAAGAAGGAUGGAGGAGAUUCUUGACUGUAUUUCACUAA